AGCUAGAAGUGUCAGAGGCAGGAAUCAUAUGCAGAUGCUCCAGCUCCAAAAAGAGCCGCCUUGUCACUGAACCUUGCUGUGUGGUAAAAACCUCAAGGGAGUAUUCUAAAUCCUUCCCCACCCUAUUGUGAGGGUAAAUGGCAAAUGAGAGUUUGGAGGAAAGCUGGGAAACCGCAAGAACUGAAGUGGGGUUGAAGCUGUGAGAAAGAGGACAAAAGUAAUAUGACAAUACUGAUUCAUUGAUCUGUUUAACUUCUCUAUAGCUCCAAGAGGAGAGAACAACUGAAGGAAGAAAAAAUGAAAACGUACUUGCCCUCUAUUACCAGGAAAAAGUUUAGUAGUAGGAUUCCAUCCCUUUUGGGCGGGAAUAGCUCACAGAACUAGAACUGACAAGUCCAAGGUCAUCAAUUCCAACUUCUUCAUUUUACAGAUGAAGAAACUGAAGCUUCCUAAAUUAAGUGACAAGCACAAAAAGCUCACAUUUUGCCAGAAGCGGGAUUUGAACCUCAGAAAUCAACUCCACAACCAAUGCACUUUCUCCUGUACCUUGUUGCCUCUUUCAGCGAUGAGGUUGCUCUGUCCCUUCCCGUUAGUUCCCGCUCUUCAAAGCAGUAAUUCAGCUCCCUGAGAGAAAGGAGCUUGGAUUCAUACCUUAGAGACUUAUGGGGAAUAAAAGGACAAGCCUGCUAGAGAAGCUCUAUAAUGGUUCCCCAGUGCCAGACUGUUCAAGACCACAGGUCCUCAUUGUGAUUUGGUUUAAGUUUUAUUGUGAUGCACCAAUCAUUCCAGUUAAGGUGGAAGACCCAACUAGGGGUCUGGACCGGGGAAAGAAGGUGUGAAGUAAAACUGGAUGAAUAUCAGCAAAAGCUCCGAGUCCCAAUUAAUUUUUGGAGGAAAAUAUAAACUGGUGCGGAAAAUCGGGAAUGGCUCCUUCGGGGACAUCUUCCUGGCAGUCAACAUCAACAAUGGCGAGGAAGUGGCUGUGAAGCUUGAAUCACAGACGUCCAAGCAUCCUCAACUGUUCUUUGAAGCCAAGCUGUAUAAGAUUCUCCAAGGGGGGUCGGGCAUUGCCCACAUGAGAUGGUAUGGUCGGGAAAGGGGUCACAAUGUUCUAGUCAUGGACUUACUGGGGCCCAGUCUUGAAGAAUUGUUUAAUAUAUGCUCCCGCAGGUUUACAAUGAAAACAGUACUUAUGUUAGCUGACCAGAUGAUCAGUAGAGUCCAAUACCUGCAUGCAAAGAAUUUUAUACAUAGAGAUAUUAAACCUGAUAACUUCCUUAUUGGCACUGGUCGUCACUGUAACAAAUUAUUCAUUAUUGACUUUGGUUUAGCCAAAAAGUACAGAGACAGCAAAACAAAGGAACACAUACCAUACAGAAAAGAUAAAAAUCUCACUGGCACUGCCCGUUAUGCCAGCAUCAAUGCCCACCUUGGCAUUGAGCAGAGUCGAGGGGAUGAUAUGGAAUCUCUAGGCUAUGUAUUAAUGUAUUUUAACAGAACCAGCCUGCCCUGGCAAGGACUAAGAGCUGCAACAAGGAAGCAAAAGUAUGAAAAGAUUAUAGAAAAAAAGAUGUCCACUUCCGUGGAUUCUUUAUGUGGUGGCUUUCCUCCUGAAUUUGCAACAUAUCUAACCUAUUGUAGGGGACUCCACUUUGAGGAAGCCCCAGAUUAUUUUUAUCUAAGACAGUUAUUCCGGACUCUUUUCAAGUCUCUGAACUAUCAAUAUGACUACUUAUAUGAUUGGACAAUACUGAAGCAGAAAGAGACUCAGGAACCAGCCUCUUCUAGUGGUCAAAAUCAGCAGCCACACAAUUCCACAGUUUUCCAAGCAUGAAGAGGAGCAGAUUAAGGGGAAGAGAUGAUCCAAGUAGGCCUUAUUACACACCAAACAUAGACAUUUUAUUUCCUAUGUACACGCUUGCAAGUGGUUGUGGACAACCAUUUACUGGGUAUAAAGAACUGUUCUUCGUAGCACUGGUAAUGCUGCAUCACCAGUUGUAGCUAUUAUAACUGGGAAUAUUAACAGAUAGUAAAACAAUACUCAGCUUUUGAUUCAAAUUUUUUUCAAGAUGGAAAAGGUAACUAAGCAGUUGGCAUACAAGUGCUAACUCAGAAGAAAUUGUGCCUGUGCUGAUUUUUGUUUCUUUUUGAACUCCACUACUUUGAGAUUUCACUUCAGAAGAAAGGCACGGACAUCUGUAGCCACAGUUGUGAAAAUUGUCAAUGCUCAAAAUGGGGCAUUCUUGGUUUAUUUCCUUCUUGGGGUCUGCAAGCUGUAAACGUAAUAUUCUUAACAUUUUGGAGGCUUUUGUGUGUAAUCCAAGAUUCUGGUUUUCAAAUAUGCAAAAGACUCUGCCUGUUUAUUAUUAUAGAAAUAACAACAAUUAAAGGGAAGUCUUAAGAAAAACUGGGUUUUUAGUAGAUUGUCUUUAGGAUUCUGCAUUAACUAAAAUUCUUGGUGUUAAAAACAAGAACAUAAUUUGUUUAAAAAAAUUGUAGUUAGGUUC